UGAUUUACUUUUGACAGCAGAAUUCCAUUCAAGAAAAGUUAUACACAGUAAUUAAAUUUAGAAAUCUCAAAUUAAAGUAAUAAGUAAAAUUAAUAAUAUUAUUAAAUAAAAAUGGCAACAUUAGAAGAUAAAUUAAUGGGAGAAAAGAUGGAGUACUAUUGUAGCAGUAGUGAAGGAGAGGACAAUUGUGAUGAUAGUGAAAGUAGAGGACGGGGUGCUGGUGGAAGUAAACAAGGGCCCUCUGCUUAUAUUGAUCCUGAUGUGUGUCCGCCACCCCCGGCAGAAGGAUAUCGUUCGCAAGUUUCCACUAAUACUGGUCCUAAAGGUGUAGUGCAGGAUUGGCAACGUUUUAAGCAACUACAAGCAGAGAAAAGAGAGGAAUCAGAACGUCAACGCAUAGAAUUGGCUAAAAAGUUAUCUAUGACAACGGCCACUGCCAAGGAGGAGGAGGAGCGCAAGCGGCAGGAAGAGAUCGAUGCUGAAUUAGAUGAACUUAUGAGCGAAGAUUUCUUGCAACAAUAUCAAAAGCAGCGUAUGGCCGAAAUGUUACGACAGUGCGGUCAUAUAAAACAAUUUGGUAAAGUUAUAAACUUAACGACGCACGAUGAAUUUUUAGAUUUUGUAGAGAAGGAAAAUAAACACACUACCGUUAUAAUACAUAUUUACGAUAAGAGCAUAAGCGCUUGCUCGACAUUGAAUAAUUGUCUUGAUUCCCUAGCAACAGAGUAUCCCUCCAUAAAGUUUGGUAAAAUUUGCAGUUCUGUCGCUGGCAUGAGUCGCGACUUUCGUGCAAAAGGAUUACCAGCGCUGCUUGUAUAUAAGGCUCAAGCAUUAAUUGGAAAUUUUGUACGCGUUACAGAUGAUUUAUCGGAUGAUUUUUUCCCAUCAGAUGUGGAAAGUUUUCUUAUAGAAAAUGGUAUAGUCGUUGACAAGGCCUUGUAUAAUUAGAAAGUUUUUUGUUUUAUACAACAAGAGCGAAAUGGAGUCUACACAAUUAAUGAGAAAAGUAAAUGAAAUUAAGUGUAAUUAAAGUAUAUAUUUUGGCUUAGGAACAUGUUAUUUGCAAUUAUCGGAAAAAGAUUGUGUGUAAUAUUUAUAGUGCGGUCCAGAAUCCAAAUUAUAUUAACUUAAGCCUUCAAUGUGUUCCUUUAAAAUUUAUACAAAAGAAAACACAAGUAAUUAAAUUUUAUAUAAAAAAGAAAUAGUCUAAGAAUACUUCAACAUUUGUAAUAAGCCAAUCAUUAAAAGAGCUUACGAUACACUGCUCUCAUUAGGUACUUAAGUGUAUUUAAGUAAUCAAUCUUAUGUAUAUGUAUUGUGAAUUGAUGUACAAAAUAAAAUCAUCUAAAAUCAGUAAUCAUUGUAUUGUGCGAAAAAAUAAAAAAUAAAGCAAUAAACUACUUUGAUGUA